CUCUCACACACACACACACACACACACACACACACUUGCACACACUGUAGAGAGCAGAGGGAGCGAACAGGAGGAUAUCAUGUUGCGAUGGCUGCAAAACAGGAGAACAUGGCUGUCCUCCGUUUGAACCCUGUCAAUUGAAGUCUGGAACUUUCCGCUGAAGGAGAGUCUACAUUCGGUGAGGAAUACCUGCAGGAUGAUCAUGGCUCUAGGCUGAGAUAAUCAAGCUUUGUCAGAAAAAGUACCCGGCCCCAAAAUAAGGGGUGCCAUAAGGGGUGUUUUCGGAGCCCACCCCAGAUGGAUCCCCAGCAACACUCCCCAGACAGCAGCAGUGAGGAGUGCACAGUCCUGGAGGUCCCCCCCACUGGGAGAAACGACUGCCCCCAGCAUGCAGGGAAGGUGGCGGAGGUGUACUGCUCGUCCUGUGAGUGUGUGAUGUGUGAGGAGUGUGUGCAGCAGCACGACCAGCAACAUCCGCAGCAGCCACUCCUGCAGAUCCUGCAGCAGCAGCGCAGCAUCCUGCAGGAGGCGCAGGGGGCCGCACACAGCAGACUCCCUGAGAUCUCGGACGCGCUGUCCUUCGUCCGGGAGAUCCUGCAGCAGCUGACCAAUCAGAGAGCUUCCAUCGAGGAGGACAUCCAAUCGAGCUUCGAGGAUCUCCACAAGCAGCUGGACGUCCGGAAGAGCGUCCUGCUGAUGGAGCUGGAGGUCACCUACGGCCUCAAGCAGAAGGUGCUCCAGGCCCAGGUGGAGAGCCUGGUCCGGGGGGAGGGGGACCUCUCGGCCUCCCUCUCCCAGGUGGAGGAGGCUCUGGCUGAGGAGGCGUGUGCCGCCGGGAUGCAGGCGGAGCAGCAGCUGCAGCAGCGGCUCGGGGAUCUGGCCGGCCUCCGCCUGAACUGCCAGCCGCAGGAGAACGACCAGCUGGACCUGAUCCUGGAGACCGACGGGCUCCGGAAGUCCAUCCACAACCUGGGGACCAUCGUCACCACCAGCGCGGUGGCGAGCCAGAGCGAGGCCAUGGGCGCCGGUCUGGAGCAGUGCAUUGUGGGACAUCCCGCCUCUGUUACCAUUGUGACGAGAGACAAGUCAGGGGGAGCGUGCAAGAGCGGCAACGCCAUCCUGUCCGCGGAGGUUUUCACGCCAGACGGCAGCAUCGUGGACGGGGAGAUAUUGGACCACAAGAAUGGGACGUACGAGUUCGUUUACACGGUGCCGAAGGAGGGCGACUUCUCCUUGGCUCUGCGUCUGUACGACCAGCACAUCAAAGGAAGCCCCUUCAAGCUGACCGUCAACAAGUUCCUGGAGACCGAAGUGGAGGUGUCCCCCUCCACCACCACAGCAACCAACUCCGCAGCCUACGCCACCCCCUCCACGGGCUCCUCUGAGGGGGCAAAGCGACGAGGCAAGUCCCCCGGCCAGAAGAAGAAGGGCUCCAAGAGGGCCAGCAGCGCCCUGGGGACCCCGCGACGCAAAACCCAGAACCCCAUCGAGGACGAUCUGAUGUUCAGGAUCGGAACGAAGGGGAGGAAUAAAGGAGAGUUCACCAACCUGCAAGGAGUGGCUGCUUCCUCCAGUGGCCGGAUCCUGAUCGCUGACAGCAACAAUCAGUGUGUCCAGAUUUUCUCCAAUGAGGGGGAUUUUAAGAGUCGCUUUGGUGUUCGGGGGCGCUCUCCAGGCCAGUUGCAGCGUCCCACCGGCGUGGCCGUGCACCCCACCGGUGAUAUCAUCAUCGCCGACUACGACAACAAGUGGGUCAGCAUCUUCUCCAGCGAGGGAAAGUACAAGACGAAGCUUGGCUCCGGUAGACUGAUGGGGCCAAAGGGCGUGUCCGUGGACCAGGAAGGUCAUGUGAUCGUGGUUGACAACAAGGCGUGCACCGUCUUCAUCUUCCAGCUGACUGGCAAGCUCGUCUCCAAGUUUGGAAGUCGAGGAAACGGUGACAAGCAAUUUGCAGGUCCACACUUUGCGGCAGUCAACAAGAACAACGAGAUCAUCGUGACUGACUUCCAUAACCACUCUGUCAAGGUUUUCACUCCGGAGGGCGAGCUGGUGAUGAAAUUUGGCUCUAAUGGCGAGGGAAACGGCCAGUUCAACGCUCCCACUGGUGUAGCUGUGGACGUCAAUGGGAACAUCAUCGUAGCCGACUGGGGAAACAGCAGAAUACAGGUGUUUGACGGUAGCGGGUCCUUUCUAUCCUACAUCAACACGUCCGCGGACCCUCUGUACGGACCCCAGGGUCUGGCUUUGACCUCAGACGGACACGUGGUCGUAGCUGACUCUGGAAACCACUGCUUCAAAGUCUACCGCUACCUGCAAUGAUGGAGGAUUGGAGGAAAGGCGGUUGGAGGGAGUGGUUGUUGGGAGUGAAGGGAUAUGGUGCACGUUGUCAAAUUUCUAGGAAUAAUUGCAUGAACCUCUACCAUCACACUGGAAGAAGGGAUGGGUAUAUGAAAAAGGAGGAAGCAAAGAAGAAGGAUUAGCCAUCAUUACAUCAAAAGACCACAUCGAAACUAUGAUCCAGUUCUGUCCUCUUUAAAGAUUUCCAUCAUCAGCUAUCGUGUGAACCAGUGAAUCGCAGAUAACGGUGGGACAGCAACCGGUCUUUGAACUACAUAUUCUUAAAGUUUAAAGAGCUAUGAAGACAGAGGAGGGAAUGAAAAGAUGGUGGAUUCAAGGGUUUGCUGCCCUCGUGAAAAAUCGGGAAAUAUCGCAGAUUUGACGCAAGUAAAAACAGUUAUGCAACAACUGAUUCAUGAUGUCACUCUCUAUAAGUCCCACUUACUCCCAGUGUGGCAUUAAUAGAAAAGGAAAAGGGAGGAACAACAAAGAAAGGUUGCAAGAGGAGGUGAAAAAGGUAUUGGGAACCACUGCUUCCUAAACCCAAAGCGGAGAAGAGGAUCAAAGAAAGGUGUGUGUAUAAAUGAAGGCUUCUGUUUGGGAAGGAACUGAUCAGAAAAAUGAAAGGGUUUCUAAUGUUCUGCCCCGUGGCGUGGUGUGUGACAUCAACUCUAACAUGUGGAAGCUAACAUUAACUACCCACUUUUGGAGCUUGUCAGGACGCCCUCGAGCAAAGCACUUCCAGCAGAAGAAGACUUCAGUGAACGUUGAAAUCUGUAAAUAUGCAACAAGAACUCCUUAAGAAGGGAAGACGGUGAUGUUGAAUAUUGUUGGACUAAGACACUCGGCCACUUUCAGCCUGUGGUCCGUUGUUUGUGCAUUAGGAUUGUCUGAAUACGGAAUGUUUAAAUUGAGUUUCUUGUCAUAUGCUCGUAUUCUUUAGGCAAUAGAUUCAUCGUUAGAAAUGAUUGCUUGACUGUGAUGCUGAUUGUCUGUAUGACUGCUCCGAUUGGUUGAUUGACACGAUAGAUUGACACGGGCACCAUUGUCUAGUCUGUGCUUGGUUUGAUUGUUUUUUUUUCAUGAGGAAUCUGUUGCAAAGGAGAAAAAAGAAGGUCUAUAAAUCUAUCCUAUAUAUUUGUGAGAACACCUUUAAAUAAUAUUGUGUAAAAUGCUCAAAUCAACCGAUAUACACACGCUCUCAUUUCUGCUUGCCGUCUCAGUAGCGAAAAACAAGAAGAAGGAACGGGUUUCCUGAAAGUCCCCAUUCAUUCGUUAACAUCGCCCAGGCUUCUAGAAUGUUCGGAGAAUUCCGAGAGAAGUGUCCACGCGUUCUUUCAUCUUUCUGAAAACGAGGCCACGGUGUCCGAUCAGCAUGCCUCUGUAUUUUGUGAUCGUCUUCAUCAAACUGACGGUUUAUUAAACUGUAGGAAAUGCAGUUUAGCAAACAUUCAUUAGCUCCUGAGUUUACAGUUAAGGACACGACACCGAUGUUAUGUCGUGAAGUGCUUUUCAACAGAAGGAAUAAACAAAGCAUUUACAAUGAUUAUUCGACAGGCAACGAAAGCAUUGAAGUUACUCACACGAGCGUUCAGUGACAGCUUUGGCUAACAGAGGCUAGCGCGAGAAAUUCCCGUGUGAUC